UAAUUCAUUUACAGAUAUAUAUAUUUUUUCUUUAAUUUAUCACUCAUUUUUACUGCAAUGGAGAGGUUCUUGUAUAAAAAUUCAAGCUAUAUGGAAGGCAAGCGUGUCCAAAUUGAUUCGGAAUUUCAGCGCGAGAAGUGUGCGAAGAUUAUUUUUGUGGGCAAUGAUGGUGAUCGAAUAAGUCAGUUAACGGACGAGAUUCUCGUUGAUAUACUGUCUUUGCUAACGCUCAAGGAAUCUGCACGGACUAGUGUCCUUUCGUCUCGUUGGAUCAACCUGUGGAAACACACCCCCUCCCUCGUGUUCGAUGCUCAAAGCGCAUUAGACAGGAUUGCCAAACGACACAAGUUACUCGAGAGUGAGAGACACAAGUACGUGAAAUGGGUGAACUCCAUUGUCCGAUCGCACAAAUCGACCACCUUAAAAGAAUUCAAAAUCCGUUUCGACCUGGACAGGUCGUCCAAGAAUUCAAUCACCCAGUGGCUUCAGUUCGCGUUCGACAGACAAGUUCAGAGUUUGGAGUUGGACCUUGACAAUUAUGGCGAUUCUUCCAAGUAUUACCGUUUUCCUCAAGAGUUCCUUACAUUAAGCAGUUGCAUAGCACCUAAAUUGAAACCCCCCUUCGACAUUUUUCGCAUCCAUCACCCACCUGUGCUUGGCGAUUUCAAGUCCCUCAAAGAAUUGUCUUUUAGAUGUAUUGAUUUCAGUGAUGGAAUGAUCGAGUUCUUUUUGCAUAACUGUCCUUUACUCGAAUGUUUGGUUGUCCAUGAAUCAGAUAAAACAUCGAAUCUCGAAGUUUGUGGUCCAUCUCUCAGGUUAAAGCACUUGGAAAUAGUCAGUUGCUUCGGUUUGAAAUCACUUAAAGUUUCCGCGCCAAAUCUUGCUUCACUUACGGUUACGAGUUUAAAGGGACUCUUGCUUGAGAAUAUUCCGAUGCUAGUUGAUGUGUCUUUUAGUUGUCACGACUGCUUUAUUUCUGUGAAACGUUGGUUUUCUCAACUGUCUUGCUGCAUUUCGCAACUGGAGAUUCUUUGCUUGGACGUGACAAGCCUACGACGGUCUGAUUCAAAAAUAAGUGAGCCGUUCGAGUUUCACCUGCGUAAACUGAAGAAGUUGGUCAUCGAAUAUGAUCCAACAAGUGAUGAAAGUCUUGUCUGGCUGGCUGCUUUGAUACGGGUGUCUCCUUACUUGGAGGAAUUUGUUCUAAAAUAUGAAUGGUACGAACUUCCGAAGCUAGAUAGAGAGAUGAAUGAUCUUAUGAGAUUUCCACACCGCAACAUUAAAGUGUUCAAGUUUUGUGGCUAUUAUGGUCGCUACAGCGACGCUCGAUUAGUCAAGCUCGUUCUGGAGAACUGUCCUGCGCUCGAGAAAAUAAUAAUUGAUUCGUCAAUAUCGCCCGAAAUUGACGGAGUGGAUGUGGCACAAAACAGAAGGAAGGACCCAAAGGAACAACUUGAACCAUAUGUACCUAACCACAUUGAAUUGGUUAUUCUUUAACAAUGCAGUUGCUCCAGUCGAGUGUUUUCACGCAUGUAUCCGAGGAGGGCGUUUGUUUAACUGGUAUUCGAAGAUGAAGAAUAUGAAAUCGAAGAUUAUUAAUGUAGUCGGCACCUACUUAUGAGGAGAACAAAAACAUUUGAUCCUCAAUAUCAAAUAUAUACUAAAUCUUCUAAUGGUAUCUUUUUUUCUCAUUUUAA